AUGCCAUGGGACCAACCAAUGGUCCAUUGGACCCAACAAGUCCUGAAAAAAUUGACCAGGGCUCGAUCUCUGGUCCGUGAGAGUCACCGAUUGCUGGCCAGAAAUGACAAGGCCGAGUUGAGCGCUGAGCUUCGUCAGAUUGAGUGUGCCCUUGUCAUGGUUCUUGAAGAUAACCGCCUUAUACCUUCGCCCCCUUCGGCACGCCUUGCCCCAUCUCCACCACCAACCGGCCUGAGAUGUGGCAAUCGUCGUAAUCGUGGACGAUUCACCCGUGGGCCCCCUAAUCGCAACUCCAACCCCCAGCCAGUGGGGGAGAGCCAGACUCCGAAUUGUGCGAGCACCGCUAGGAAUAUCCAGAUUGUACGGGCUCAAUCUAUCUCGAGUCAGACGUGUAGGGGUACAAGCACCCCUACGUUUACAGAAGACAAGACGAAAAUCACCAAGCCCGCCAAAUCUACUACCAUACCCCCAUCGCAAGGCGUGCUUGUGGACUUCGAUGAAGAUUCAACAGUCGUUGAACUGCUGCCAGGCAUUGUGGCUGCCAUGGAAGCAUUGGAAAUUGUUCACAGUGAACCCAAAGGCCAGCUGGAAAUGUGCUGA